AUGACCAGUGCUAGGGUACAUCAAAAUGAAUACCUUCUCUAUCCUAUCGCUCCUUCCCUCACCCGCGCUCCUUCCCUCACCCGCGCUCCUUCCCCCCCGCGCUCCUUCCUCCCCCGCGCUCCUUCCCUCACCCGCGCUCCUUCCCUCACCCGCGCUCCUUCCCUCACCCGCGCUCCUUCCCUCACCCGCGCUCCUUCCCUCACCCCGCUCCUUCCCUCACCCGCGCUCCUUCCCUCACCCGCGCUCCUUCCCUCACCCGCGCCUCCUUCCCACCCGCGCUCCUUCCCUCACCCUCACCCGCGCUCCUUCCCUCACCCGCGCUCCUUCCUCACCCGCGCUCCUUCCCUCACCCGCGCUCCUUCCUCACCCGCGCUCCUUCCCUCACCCGCGCUCCUUCCCUCACCCGCGCUCCUUCCCUCACCCGCGCUCCUUCCCUCACCCGCGCUCCUUCCCUCACCCGCGCUCCUUCCCUCACCCGCGCUCCUUCCCUCACCCCGCUCCUUCCCUCACCCGCGCUCCUUCCCUCACCCGCGCUCCUUCCCUCACCCGCGCUCCUUCCUCCCCGCGCUCCUUCCCUCACCCGCGCUCCUUCCCUCACCCGCGCUCCUUCCCUCACCCGCGCUCCUUCCCUCACCCCGCGCUCCUUCCCUCACCCCCCUCACCCGCGCUCCUUCCCUCACCCGCGCUCCUUCCCUCACCCGCGCUCCUUCCCUCACCCGCGCUCCUUCCCUCACCCGCGCUCCUUCCCUCACCCGCGCUCCUUCCUCACCCCCCGCUCCUUCCCUCACCCGCGCUCCUUCCCUCACCCGCUCCUUCCCUCACCCGCGCUCCUUCCUCACCCGCGCUCCUUCCCUCACCCGCGCUCCUUCCCUCACCCGCGCUCCUUCCCUCACCCGCGCUCCUUCCCUCACCGCGCUCCUUCCCUCACCCCGCUCCUUCCCUCACCCGCGCUCCUUCCCUCACCCGCGCUCCUUCCCUCACCCGCGCUCCUUCCCUCACCCGCGCUCCUUCCCCACCCCGCUCCUUCCCUCACCCGCGCUCCUUCCCUCCCCGCGCUCCUUCCCUCACCCGCGCUCCUUCCCUCACCCGCGCUCCUUCCCUCACCCGCGCUCCUUCCCUCACCCGCGCUCCUUCCCUCACCCGCUCCUUCCUCACCCGCGCUCCUUCCCUCACCCGCGCUCCUUCCUCACCCGCGCUCCUCCCUCACCCGCGCUCCUUCCCUCACCGCGCUCCUUCCCUCACCCGCGCUCCUUCCUCACCCGCGCUCCUUCCCUCACCCGCGCUCCUUCCCUCACCCCGCUCCUUCCCUCACCCGCGCUCCUUCCCUCACCCGCGCUCCUUCCCUCACCCGCGCUCCUUCCCUCACCCGCGCUCCUUCCCUCACCCGCGCUCCUUCCCUCACCCGCGCUCCUUCCCUCACCCGCGCUCCUUCCCUCACCCGCGCUCCUUCCCUCACCCGCGCUCUUCCCUCACCCGCGCUCCUUCCCUCACCCGCGCUCCUUCCCUCACCCGCGCUCCUUCCCUCACCCGCGCUCCUUCCCUCACCCGCGCUCCUUCCCUCACCCCGCGCUCCUUCCCUCACCCGCGCUCCUGCCUCACCCGCGCAUUCCCCUCACCCGCGCUCCUUCCCUCACCCGCGCUCCUUCCCUCACCCGCGCUCCUUCCCUCACCCGCGCUCUUCCUCCCUCACCCCGCUCCUUCCCUCACCCGCGCUCCUUCCCUCACCCGCGCUCCUUCCCUCACCCGCGCUCCUUCCUCCAACCCGCGCUCCUUCCCUCACCCAGCGCUCCUUCCCUCACCCGCGCUCCUUCCCUCACCCGCGCUCCUUCCCUCAACCCGCGCUCCUUCCCUCACCCGCGCUCCUUCCCUCACCCGCGCUCCUUCCUCACCUCACCCGCGCUCCUUCCCUCACCCGCGCGCCUUCCCUCACCCUCGCUCCUUCCCUCACCCGCGCUCCUUCCCUCACCCGCGCUCCUUCCCUCACCCGCGCUCCUUCCCUCACCCGGCUCCCUUCCCUCACCCCGCGCUCCUUCCCUCACCCGCGCUCCUUCCCUCACCCGCGCUCCUUCCCUCACCCCGCUCCUCCCUCACCGCCUCCUUCCCUCACCCGCGCUCCUUCCCUCACCCGCGCUCCUUCCCUCACCCGCGCUCCUUCCCUCACCCGCGCUCCUUCCCUCACCCGCGCUCCUUCCCUCACCCGCGCUCCUUCCCUCACCCGCGCUCCUUCCCUCACCCGCGCGCUCCUUCCCUCACCCGCGCUCCUUCCCGCAUCCGUUCCUCCAGCCUCCGCACUCCCCUCCCCCCUCCUCUGAAUGCUCCCCCGUGCGCCCCCCCUGCGCCAUCCCCCAGCGCCACCAGCGCCUGCAGCAGAUCCGCACCCUGCUCUGGUGGGACAGGGCGGCCCAGGCAUGCAGCGGGGCAGGGGAGGACGGGGAGGACAGGGAGGACGGGGAGGACGGGGAGGACGGGGAGGACGGGGAGGACGGGGAGGAUGGGGAGGACGGGGAGGACGGGGAGGACGGGGAGGACGGGGAGGACGGGGAGGACGGGGAGGACAGGGAGGAGGAGAGAGGAGGGGGAGGAGGGGGAGGAGGGAGAGGAGGGAAGGAGGGGGAGGAGGGAGAGGAGGGGGAGGAGGGAGAGGAGGGGGGGAGGGAGAGGAGGGGGAGGGGGAGAGGAGGGGGAGGAAGGGGGAAGAUGGGAACAGCAGAGAACAGUGGAGCACAGGAUGAGAGAAGCGGAGCACAGGAUGAGAGAAGCGGAGCACAGGAUGAGAGAAGCGGAGCACAGGAUGAGAGAAGCGGAGCACAGGAUGAGAGAAGCGGAGCACAGGAUGAGAGAAGCGGAGCACAGGAUGAGAGAAGCGGAGCACAGGAUGAGAGAAGCGGAGCACAGGAUGAGAGAAGCGGAGCACAGGAUGAGAGAAGCGGAGCACAGGAUGAGAGAAGCGGAGCACAGGAUGAGAGAAGCGGAGCACAGGAUGAGAGAAGCGGAGCACAGGAUGAGAGAAGCGGAGCACAGGAUGAGAGAAGCGGAGCACAGGAUGAGAGAAGCGGAGCACAGGAUGAGAGAAGCGGAGCACAGGAUGAGAGAAGCGGAGCACAGGAUGAGAGAAGCGGAGCACAGGAUGAGAGAAGCGGAGCACAGGAUGAGAGAAGCGGAGCACAGGAUGAGAGAAGCGGAGCACAGGAUGAGAGAAGCGGAGCACAGGAUGAGAGAAGCGGAGCACAGGAUGAGAGAAGCGGAGCACAGGAUGAGAGAAGCGGAGCACAGGAUGAGAGAAGCGGAGCACAGGAUGAGAGAAGCGGAGCACAGGAUGAGAGAAGCGGAGCACAGGAUGAGAGAAGCGGAGCACAGGAUGAGAGAAGCGGAGCACAGGAUGAGAGAAGCGGAGCACAGGAUGAGAGAAGCGGAGCACAGGAUGAGAGAAGCGGAGCACAGGAUGAGAGAAGCGGAGCACAGGAUGAGAGAAGCGGAGCACAGGAUGAGAGAAGCGGAGCACAGGAUGAGAGAGAUGACUAG